AUGGAUUCCCAAAAAAGGAAGCGUCUAAUAAUUUAAUAUUCUCUAAAAUUAAAAGAACUCAAAGAAGGAAGAGAUAAUUCUGCCUCGAAGGGAUAACGGGCUCAUUAAAAAUCUCGAGUCUUAAAAACUGAGUCCUCAAUGUCUAUGGUUAAAUAGCCUUAAUAAAUUCAAAUGCCUCCAGUAGAUGAUAUAAUUUCUAAGGGGGAAUGUAAAUUGAUUUUCCUUUAAACAUAAUCUGAUGAUACAGGUUUUCGAACAUUUAAUGAGAUGAUGAGGACUAAUUCAAGUUGGCUUACUUAAGCAGAUAAAUUGGCUAAUACUCUUAGUAGUCCAUUGUAAUUAAAGAAUAGACUUCAAUUUAAUCAUAGUCAAGCAUUGAAGUUCAAGAAUCGAAUUGAAUAAAAAUGGAACAUGACUGUAAAAGAAGUGGCUGAUUCAAUAAUAUAAAAAUAAGAAUAAAAAGACUAAUACAAAAUUAAAUUAGUUCAUUUAAAGAUAAAUCAUACUGAUGCAGAUGAUGUAGGAUAAUAACAGGAAGAAUGUUCUUCUCCUUCUCUAUCACAAGAAGUGAUAACAACAAAUUUAAAGUUUUUUUGGUUUCACAUAUCAAUAUCAGAUUGGAAACCCCCAAUUCGUGAAGGAUGUACAGUUACUUAUAUUUAAAAUUUGAAUAAAUGUAUAAUGUAUGGUGGAAUAGGAAAUGAUUUAUUUAAAACUUUUGUAACUCUGAAUACACAAUCAUGGGUAUGGAAAGAUAUAGGAACUGGAGUAGGAGAUGUUCCAUUGGAGGGUCGAUUUGGACACACAGCCACAUUAUAUAAGCAAUAAUUAAUAAUUUAUGGGGGAGAGAAAAAAUAUAAUAGUGCAAUGAAAAUGAGAGAAUGUUAUGGUGAUGUUCGUAUAUUUACUCCAAGUGAUAAAACUUGGAUUUAAUUAAAACCUUAUGGAGAUGUAGUAGAAGGGAGACGUAAUCAUUGUGCAGAAGUAGUUGGUAAAUAUUUCAUUGUUUAUGGUGGAAUCAAUUCUUAUGGCAAAGUCUUAACAGAUGUUGCAGGACUUAAUUUAGAAACAUGUAAAUGGUAAAUUAUUAGAAAAGUAUAUAUUUAAGGACUUCAUUUUAAAUUGAGAAUUCAACUGGUUUAGAAGGAGUAUCUGAUGCAACUUCUUUGGCCAUGUUUAAAAGUGAAGUUAAAAUGGAAAAUCCUUAUUUCAGUUAUGAAUGGGUUAAAAAAAAGGGUAAAUCUUUCUUGCCAAUUACAACUGAAGGCAUAUAUGUAUUUGGAGGUAGAUUAUAAAAUGGAGAAGCAGUUAAUGAUCUUAGAAUUAUAUAAUUUGGAUUUAAACCAAUUAAAAUUACAAAAGUGAAAACAAAAGUAAUUGAUAUAAUUUAAUUAGGGAUAAGCACCAUUAGCUCGAUAUUCUCAUUCAAUGAAUUAUUUUAGAUAAACUAAUGUUAUUAUUAUUUAUGGAGGAAGGAAUGAUUCAAAAUAAGGAAAUAUUCUUAAUGAUAUAUUUGUAUUGUAGAUCUAAUAAUUCUCAUGGUCUUAAGUUUAAUAAAUCUAAUAAUUGUAUUCAUUAAUAUUUAAUUAGAAAACAUGGCAAAUGCAGACAUUCUAGUGUUUCUAUAGAUUCAAAAAUACUUAUUUUUGGAGGUUAUGCUUAACAUGUUUUUGCAAAUGCAGACAUUCAAUUAUUAGAAUUAGAUUAAAAUAAAGUGGCUAAAAUGAUUAAAGAUAAUAAAAAUAAUAAAAAUAGAGAUGUUGUUAUUCACAGUGAUGAAUUAGUUAAUAAUAACACUCUUAAAGUCUUUAAAACAGAAUAUUAUAAUGAAGCUGAAGAUCCAGAUCUUAAAUAAAAGAAAAUAUAAGAAAAUGAAAUCCAAAGAUUAUGUUAUAGCAAUUUUAAAAGUUUUAUGCCUUUGCCUUAACAAAAUCAUUCAUCAUUGGUUAAUGAAUACAAAAAUAAGAGAGAAUAAGCUAAAUUAGAAAUUCUCAAAAAUUAAUUUAAUGAUCUAAGUAGAAGGAAUAGUCGUAGAACUACUAGUGAUUUUAAGAUUAUUGAGUAAUGA